AGGCCGUCGAUUCGACGUCAUGUGAUUCAAAAGUGAGAAAACGAAACUAACCUCUGCUCUCCCUUCCCUGCGCCAGCCAUGGCGGCUGAGGGUCCCGUGCAGGAGCUCUGCGAGGAGGCCUCUUGCUCCAUCUGCCUGGAGUUCUUCAGGGACCCCGUCACGAUCCCCGAGUGCGGCCACAACUUCUGCCGGGCCUGCCUGACCCGCAGCUGGGGGGCGUCGGGGGCCAGGCGUUUCUGCCCCCAGUGCCGAGGCAGAGCUCAGAAGAGGAAACUCCUGCCGAACCGGCAGCUGGCCAACUUCGUGGAAAUCGCCAAGAGAUUCGCCCUCCAGGAGGAGAAGGAGACGGGGGAGAGGGGGAAAGCCUGCGAGAAGCACCAGGAGCCCCUGAGGUUUUUCUGCCAGGAGGACGGAGCCCCCCUCUGCACGCUCUGCUGCAUAGCCAAGGAGCACAAAGAUCAUGAGGUGGUUCCUCUCGAGGAGGGUUCAGGGGCAGUCGUGACAUCCAGAAAAGGGAGAGUUUGCCAGAAGCACCAGGAGCCCCUGAAGCUCUUCUGCAAGGAUGAUAAAGCCCUCAUCUGUGUGGUCUGUGACCGAUCCAAGGAGCACAGGGAUCACCAGACCCUUCCUCUAGAAGAGGCCUCCCAAGAGUACAAGGAUCAGUUCUGCAGCCGUCUGGAGAUUCUGAAGGAGGAGAGAGAAAGAAUUCUGGCAUCUAAAGGAUUCGUAGAGAAGGAAAGCCAAGACCUGCUUAAGCAAACUGAAGGAGAGAAGCAAAAGACUGUCGCCAAAUUCAGGCAACUGCACACGUUUCUGGAAGAACAAGAGGAACUUUUGCUGGCCCAGAUGGAAGAGGUGGAGGAGGAGGUGGCCAGGAAAAGGGAGGAGCACCUGGCCCAGCUCUCUGAGGAACUCUCCUCUCUGGAAAGCCUCAUCCGGGAGAUGGAGGAGAAGUGUCAGCAGUCGGCCGGUGAACUCCUGCAGGACGUCCGAAGCACCUUGCAGAGGUAUGAAGAAAAGGAGACGUUUGAAGAGCCAGUGACUUUUCCUCUUGCAUUGAAGUGGAGGGUCUGGGACAUCUGGGACGUCAGUCACUUUCUGGAGGGUGUCAUGAAGCAAUUGAAAGACACUCUGGAUUCUGGACUUGACCUGCAGGAAGCAGCGAAUGUGAUGCUGGAUCCAGAUACGGCCUAUCCCAGACUCAUCGUGUCUGAGGAUAAGAAAAGUGUGAAACUAGGAGGAAAAGAUCAAGCUCUGCCCAACAGCCCUGAGAGAUUUGACAGAUUUGGUGCUAUCCUGGGUGUUGAGGGAUUCACAGCAGGCCGCCAUUUCUGGGAAGUCUGUGUGGGAAGUGAGGAUGAAUGGAUUGUGGGGGUGGCCAGAAAGUCCAUGAGGAGAAAAGGAGACCUUUCCUUUAGUCCUGAGGAAGGGAUGUGGGCUGUGGGGAAGUGGAAGGGCCUUUACAUGGCUUGCAGAGAAGAGUGUGAUUAUCCUCUCCUGACCCUGAGUGGGGAGCUCAAGAAGAUCCGGGUGUGUCUGAACUACACCGGGGGACGAGUGGCCCUUUUCGAUGCUGACCAAGCAGCCCUUCUCUACGAGUUCUCUGGAUCCUCCUUCUCUGGAGAGACUCUCCUGCCCUUCUUUAUGGUUAAUUUAAACGGCCACCUCCAACUCUCUUAAGACGUUCAUCUCACACUAGGUCCAUCAGUUACAAUAUUUCUUAAGAGUCCUAUUUUAUAGCUCUGCAAGGGCCUUCUCCAGGGUCCCAGUCACCAAAGCCGACUUAAAUAUAAUGGAGUCUAUUUUACCUCCAUUUCCCAAUAUUUCUUCUUACCUUUGUAGCUUCUUUCAGAAAGGGACAAUGACCCGUUUCACAUCACAAAUGAUAACAUCUGGUCUAAGUGAGAUAUCUCAAUAGACCAGCAGGUCUCUGCCAGCCCCCAUGACUCUUAAUUCUGCCUUUAGUCUGUUUUUUCUCACCACCACCCCAAUCGCUGCCAACGGUGGAGAGGAAGACCCCCACCCAGCUCAUUCCUUGUUACUUUCCAAGGGCAAGCUAGAUAAAGUGCUUGGAAAUCUGUUGUCACAUACCCCCACAUCCUUCCAGGCUUUGUUUGAUGCAGAUGUGCAGGGGGUAUUUAACCCUUUCUCACAGUCCCCUUUUUGUAAUCUAAAAUUUCCCCUUUGGAGCACCACCCAUUGUGUGCUGGGGGGAGGGGUUCGAUGUGUUGUUGAGAUGUGUGUUUGUAAUAACACACAAUAGUAACCUAAUUAUAGGUUUUCCCCUCCUGUUUCGAGUUUCAUUUGAAAACAUACUUUUGGAGUGGGACCCUGAGAAGACUGGGGAGGGACCACGGAAACAUUUGAUUUUAAUUGCUGGUUGAUAACACACAAAUCCCAAAGUAUUGGAACCUUUAUUCCUGAUUAUAGCAUCAAUGAAGAUUUAUGUGUGAGAGCAGUUAUCAUGUAAACGGAUCCAUGGCCCGCUUUGUAAGCUUACAUCAUACUACACAGUAUAUGAGAUAACACCUGGUCAGGAGGAUUGAUGUAUAUUAUUUUCUGGAUGACUUUUUUUAAAAGUAUGUGUUAUUGAUCACUGAAGGAGGCCCUUGAGGCCGAGACAUGUAUGGUCUUGUGUUGGUCAUUUGAUAUGUUCGUCAACUUUGUAUGGGAAAUUAUUGCAGCUUAUGUAAAGGUUGUUCUGACUCUUAAUGCAACCUGAUGUUCAGGUGCUAUGUGUCAGGGCUUUACCGAAGUGUGUGCUGUUUAAUUUCAUCCUUAUAGCAACCCUGUGAGGUAACUUAGGCGAAGUAUUAAUGAGCUUCAUGGCUGAGCCAGAAUUUGAACCCAUGCCUUAUCAGUCCAGGUUCACCAUCCUAUGGACUGCAACUCACUAGCUGUCAGUAGUUGUUAAGCCCAAAGCAGGUUAACCUGUUCAGUAGAGUUCUGUCACCCCAGUGGGUUAUAGCUGUUAUAAGUAGGAAGGCUCUAAAUGUUGUUCCAUCAAGUUGCUUUUGACUUAUGGCUACCCUGUGAAUUAAAGGUACUUUCUGAGUGAUGAUAUUUUAUGAGGGACAGUGUGGCCUCUUUUGCCCCAUUUGCCUUUUUCUUUUUCAGCAUUCAAGAAUGGCAGCCAUUGCUCAGAAUAGCAAAGAAAUAUAUUGGAGGUAGAACCACUACCCCAGAUAAAGAAAUUGAGUGUGCAGGCCAGCCAUGGAAAAGAUUUCCAACGCUUUA